AUGGAGGAAUUUUCUGAGAUGCUUCACAUCCCUAUUGAAAAUCAGCUACCAUUCACUGGUUUGGAGAAUAUUCCGAAGCCUGAAGUCAUUGCCGCUGCUUUACAUCUAAAGAAGUCCGAAAUUGAGAGUAAUUGGGAGACAAGGAGUGGAGUCAAGGGUUUCCUUGCUAAGUUCUUAAUUGAUAAGGCUCGAUUAUUCUCGGAUUCCAUGAGUUAUCAUGUUUUCGAAGACAUAUUGGCUUUGCUCAUCUAUGGUUUGGUGUUGUUUCCAAAUCCUGACCAAUUCAUAGACGUGCACGCCAUCAAGAUAUUUUUGACUCGCAAUCCUAUGCCUACUUUGCUUGGAUAUAUUCUACACUCACUUCACACUUGUACAAUGAAGAAGCGAGUAACUCUCAUGUGUUGUAUACCUCUGCUGUCUAGGUGGUUUAUUUCGCACCUUCCUCGAUCGGUAAUGAGGAAUGACCAAGUCCAGAAGUGGCAUCGGAGAAUAAUGUCGCUUUCUCAUUCCGAUAUUCGUUGGUGUUCUCUGUCCAAGGAAAAUGUUAUUAUCAUCGACCGUUGUGGACAAUACCCUAAUGUGCCACUCCUUGGCAUAAGGGGGGGUAUUACUUAUAAUCCCUUGUUGGCUCUACGUCAGUUUGGUUACGCUCGAAGAGAUGGUAUUCAUCAUAUGCUUAUACAAGGCGUUGUGUUCAACUAUGAAGAUGAUCCUCAAGGUCACCGUCAGAAGUUUAUACGUGCUUGGGACAUGGUGAAUAGGAUUGACAGCAAGAGUUUGGGGCAAAAGAACUCCAUUCCUUUAGAGGCUUACCUCAUAUGGGUGCGCACUCGUGCUCAACGUUUUGUCAUGCCAUAUCCACAUGUCAGACCUGUGAUUGUGGAGCCCGAAUACGAAGAAGAUGUUCCUCAGGUUAUUUUUCAUCCAGACAUGCCUACCGAUCUUGAGGAACUGAAGAGAUCUUGGAUCUAG